CCAAUUUUUGGGAACAUAUCAGCAUUUGCGGCGGCAGCGCCUCCGCAGAACGCACUGACGCCUCCAGCACAUCGAGGAAAGAGCAGUACGUGACUUUAGGCAUCGAGCGCUUCUUUCUGCAGCGUGUUCACCCUUCAGCGCUCCGCUUCGUGAAGUGCUCAUGGAAACAGCAAUGCUCGAGAUGGGGGCGUCGCCGAGGUGUCUUCUGUGUGCCUCCAUUGGCAGGGCUGCAGAGCGAAUUCGUUCGCCGUCUUUUCAUGAUUCUGGCCUCUUUAAGGAAGAAACGGAAAGCCUCCCACGUUACCUUACGGAACUUCCAGGCUCCCGUGACCACGAGAAGGGCGCCAUUACGCCGUUAGCCCAAUAUUCAAGAAACUUCGUGCGGCCGUGUCUCACGUCUGUGCCCAACUUUAUCGCCGAAAUCGUGACACCGGCUCGCUAUAAGCUGUUGCGGGAUACCCUGAUAUGUUGCACAUAUCAAAAUAGAAUCGACUGCAGCAAUGGGAACGCCGAGACCAUGGUCGGCAGCGAUGGUCUUCUGUCGGCUAGCGUGGAUGCAAGUUCCCGCUGCCUUCACGUGCAACUUCACGGCAUGGAGGUGCAGCAGCGCUACUUCGUCUCCGUGGACGUUCACAUCUGUGAAGAGACAAGUGCCUCGUCUGACGACGUCUCGUCGUAUGUAGCACUGCAGCCAAACCUGCUGGACGGUUUCGGUUGGGCCAAGUCCACACUGCACCUCGACUUGUCUGCGCACCUCAAGGAAAGGUUGCGGAAUUCGUCGUUUUCUGUUCGUGCGGCUCCCACACGCGCCGACGUCCGCUACCAGGCGACGGUGCGCAUACUCCAACUGUCGGAGGACUGCUGGCCUGUCGGCACGAAGCCUGUGUUGAUUCACCUCAGCGAGGGCUUCGUUCACGAGCUACUUUCGGACAACCCCCAGGGGCCACGCGACCUUUUUCCGGGACCUGGACAGUGAGGCCCUGCUGCGCCUAAUCCACCUGGAGCAGCGCCGCCCUCCGACCACGCUGCCUCCGGGAAGUCGCUGGCCGCAGCACCGGCGUCGUCCCUGCGACGAGGGGCAUCCGGCGGUGCGGUUCGGCGUCGGUACCUGCGAGGAAUAUGUCCUUGAGGAACGCGAUGCUUGACCAUCGGCUGAGCCGAGGUUUUUUUAGUAUUGUUUUACGCAACUUUUAUUAAUUUGUAAAUUUUUUACCAGCGUUUUAUUAGUGUAAUUAUUUCCUCUAGUUUACUUUGUAACGUUAUGUUCUUAUUGUCUGACCUUGCGCCGUUAUGCUCACGAUAGAACGCAUCGUAGUGGCGUUUGUACGGUGUCAAAUUUAGGCCUUUUUACAGCCAUAUCACAUAUACCAUGAGAAAUUCAUUGCCUGCAUCAUUCACAGUGCACCGUUAACAUUACCUUUGUCAUGGCGUUCUUCGGCCGUACCAGGCCCUUGCGCCAUAAAACACCACACAUCAUUUAGUUUCAAUAUGAUUUGAGCAUCUCUUGCUUUUUAUUCUAAGUUGACCUUGUCUGAGGUUGUUCACUAGUCGGUCUUAAAUUAGAGCUUCUUACGUUUUCUUGUUUGUGAGUUUAUCUGAAAUAAAAUACUGCAUGUUAUUGCUUU